UCUUCCUACUAGUUCAGCCCCCCCUCUCUCUCCCUCGGUCGCUCGAUUCCAAUGGCUACAAUUCUAAGAACCUCGACGUUUCUUCGGACUCCAACAAGCCUAAGCAAAACACCAUUGGAAACCCUUAAACCUGUCUCCUCCCUCUCUUUCAGAAAUAGGACAACAAAGAUUGGGUCUCAAUUAAAACUUUCCAAUCUCUUCUGUAAGUCUAAUAAUUCGACAGUUAGGGUUUCAAAAUUCAUCCCCUUUGCUGCCCAUGAAGAGGUUACAGAAACCACUGAGGUAGAAGAAGAAGAAGCUGAGACGCAGGAAGGUGAGGAGGAUGCUGCUCCCUUGGAAGAGUUAAUUGACGAUGCUGAAGAAAAACCAACUUCAGUUAUCAUGGCAUCACUGCAGUCAUAUAAAGAAGCUCUGGCGAACAAUGAUGAGUCCACGGUUUCUGAAAUAGAAGCUUUCCUCCAAUCCAUUGAAGUAGAGAAAGUGUCUCUUGCAAAUGAAGUGAAAACCUUGACUGAAGAACUUGCUUCUAUGAAGGACCGGACUCUUAGAAUUGGUGCAGAUUUUGAUAAUUUCAGGAAGAGAACAGAGAGAGAACGACUAUCACUUGUGACAAAUGUACAAGGGGAGGUGGUCGAGAGUUUUUUGUCUGUCAUGGAUAAUUUUGAGAGAGCUAAAUCUCAAAUUAAGGCAGAGACUGAAGGAGAGGAGAAGAUCAACAAUAGCUACCAGAGCAUUUAUAAGCAGUUCCUCGAGGUUCUGGGAUCUCUUGGUGUUGUAUCCGUGGAGACAGUUGGGCAUCCAUUUGAUCCGUUGUUGCAUGAGGCCAUCAUGCGUGAGGACUCGGAGGAGUUUGAAGAUGGUAUUAUACUUCAAGAAUUCCGCAAAGGGUUCAAACUCGGCGACAGACUUUUACGUCCUUCAAUGGUUAAAGUCUCUGCAGGCCCUGGUCCGGCAAAAACCGAGAAUCCUGUGGCUGCACCAGCAGAAGAUGAAUCAGAAACGGGUAGUGAAACCAGUGAGGAGAGUAGCGGUGAAACAGAGUCUACAUAAUUGUGUCCUUGAUAUUUUUCCAACCCCUAGAUUGUAGUUUGUAACCAAACUAAAAGAGACUUUUGGUUUGAGGAAAUACCAAUUGUAACAGCAAAAAAGACACAGAGACCUGUUACUUGUCUUAAUCUCCUCUUAUUUUUUUGGCUUCUCAUUUAUUUUAUUGGUGGGUGUAUUGAAAACAAGGCAUGAUCUUAUAAUCUUGGUAUUCAGAUGUAAAUCUGUUACUUCAAUGUCCAUUCAUUUGAGUUA